GAGGCGGGGAGAGGUUUCCCUCCUCAUGCUGCUCAGUAAUCAUCCACCUCAGGACUAUAUACACCGACAGCCGCUCUCCCAUUUACCAGCAGUCUUCUCUCCCUAUCACCGCUGUGGAGACUGUGGAUUAUUAUUACAGCAUUGAUACAAUUUGCACAUGAAAGCGACAUUUGGUAAACAAGCCAUUAAAUAGGGGGCAGGAGAGAGGUGGGGACACACAACCAGGCUGCUGUCAUUUCAUUUUGUUCUAUUACAAAAAGCCAGGAGCUGCAGUUCUUUCCAGCAAAAGCCAGGAAAGCAAAGAGGCAGAUGACAAGCGAAGGCUGCACCAGGGGCUGCGGUGUUGAUGGACAGAUUGUAAAGCUAUUACCAGCCCCUUCCCAUCAACUCUGAAGACAGCAUGGAACAGUCCAUCUCCAUUUCAUCACUGAGGAAGCUGGCAGCUAUGCCAGAUCACACAGAUGUGUCUUUGAGCCCAGAGGAGCGUGUCCGUGCCCUAAGCAAGCUGGGCUGUAACAUCACCAUCAAUGAGGACAUCACUCCCAGACGUUAUUUUCGUUCUGGAGUGGAAAUGGAGAGAAUGGCCUCUGUGUAUCUAGAUGAAGGGAAUCUUGAAAAUGCCUUUGUUCUCUACAACAAGUUUAUCACAUUGUUUGUUGAGAAAUUGCCUAAUCACCGGGACUACCAGCAAUGUGAAAUCCCAGAGAAACAGGUUAUAUUAAAGACAUUGAAGGAGGUUGCCUUUCCAAGGACAGAUGAUCUAAAAAAAGAUCUACUGAAGAAAUAUAACCUAGAAUAUCAAGAAUACAUGAAAGAUAUUAAUGAGAGAAAAGCAGAAUGUCUAAAGAAACUGGAACAGCAGCAGCUCAUCGAGGCCGAGAAGAAGCGGGUGGCGCAACUGCGACAGCAACAAAUACAGACCGUGCAGUUCAGCUUUUUCGAAGACCAGCUGCGGAAACAAGACAUGAUCCGAGACCAGCUGAAAUAUCAAGAAAACCCUAGCCUUAAUUCUAAGGUGCCCGAGCAAACAGAUGGCACCAUGAUAUCUUGUUUUCCCUCUCCUAAAAGCCAUUCAUUGGCUAAUGUACUCUCUGGGAAAACAGUAAAGAAUGAUGCUGCUAUACAUGCUGGGCAGUCCCCCCCUAUAAACAGGGCUUUAAAACCAGCAGCAACUCUAAGUGCCGUACAAAAUGAAAUAGUGGAAGGAUUGCGGAUAGUUGUUCUGCCCAAAGACCUUUCUCAAAAAUUUCUGCAACUGGCAGAAGCAAAUACAAGCAGAGGAAUUGAGACGUGUGGCAUUCUUUGUGGUAAACUGACCCAUGAUGAAUUCACCAUUACACAUGUGAUUGUACCAAAGCAGUCUGCAGGGCCGGACUAUUGUGACAUGGAGAAUGUGGAAGAAUUAUUUAAUGUACAAGACCAGCACAAUCUUCUUACCCUGGGAUGGAUCCAUACACAUCCAACACAGACAGCUUUUUUGUCCAGCGUGGAUCUCCACACUCACUGUUCCUACCAGCUCAUGCUACCCGAAGCCAUCGCUAUUGUUUGUUCUCCAAAGCACAAUGAUACUGGGAUCUUUCGACUCACUAAUGCGGGCAUGCUGGAAGUUUCGGGGUGUAAAAAGAAAGGGUUUCAUCCACACAGCAAAGAACCAAGGCAGUUCAAUACGUGCAGACAUGUGAUUGUAAAAGAUGCAAAGAUUUCUGUGCUGGAUCUAAGGUGAUGGCGACAAGUAACAUCUGAACUUGCCUGCGAAAGAUGGAUGACAUUCAGGCUGCCAGUUUUCUUAGCCCAUUUUCAGAAUAAAUCAGUGGACUUUUUCUAAUUUAUACAUUUUAAAUGUAAUAGUUUAUUUAUUGCUUCUGCACAUUUUGGAAUUUAUUUUGUUUACUUUGAUUUCUGUGACCACACAGACCAUAAUAAUGAAGACAUCCUGGGUAUGUAGACUUACAUCAGACAUGGCCUGGAAUUAAAAGUGCUUCAGAGAAA